AGAGGAUAAAACGCCCAAUUUCCGUAAAUAAACCAAAAGAAAUGGGUGAAGUUGGGUAUACAGUAAGGAGGCUUCAGUGAGGGGGGAGGAGUUAAAGUUCAGCCCCCCCAGCUGCUGAGUCCGGAUCGGAUCACAGCACGUUGGUAUGAGGACGGAGGACAUCCGUGAUGAAAGAGGACAUGAGACCACAGCAGAUCCUUCUCAGCUGAUCCCGAUGAGGACAUAAACGGGUCCUGUGGAGGAUGAAACGGGCUCAGAACAAGGAGAUCCGGGUCGCCGCGACGUUUUCCCGCAGCGUGGAGGAGCUGAGAUGAGACUGAAGCUUUCUCUCUGAACACAAGAGUGAAGAUCUGCUGGUGGUCGUCAUGUCCCUGUGGAUGAUUCUUCCUGUCAGCCUGCCCGUCUUCACCAUCACAGGAAUAUGGGUGGUAUAUGCGAUGGCUCUUUAUAACCAGCACGUCUGCCCUGUGCACAACUGGCUAUAUAACGAGUCCUGUGAGGAGCAGCUUCCUUUACAGAGAGGACCUGUGCUGUGCUGCACCCUAGACAACAUACCACUCAUCAGUAAAUGUGGAACUCUGCCACCUGAAAGUUGCUUUUUCAGUCUCAUUUGCAGCACUGGAUCCUUCAUGGUGAUGCUGAUCGGCCUGCUGCGUUACGCUCACGUGAUCGAGAAGCACCAGAACUGCCUCCUCAACACGGCCGGCCUCUCCGCCAGCUGGAUCUGCGCUGCUGGGCUCAUCAUGGUGGGAAACUUCCAGGUUGAUUUUGCCAAAGUCCUCCACUAUGUUGGGGCUGGAGUAGCCUUCCCAUCCAGCAUGUUGUUUGUGUGUCUUCAGUCAGCGCUGACCUACAGACUGGCUAAAACCCAGGAGGAUUACCGGAUAGGUCACUUACGCUUGGUGAUGGCACUACUGGCACUGAUCGCCUUGGUGCUCAGUGGAGUUUUCUUCUGCCAGGAGAGCUUCGCCCUGCAGCACACCUCUGCCAUCUUUGAGUGGGUCUACUGCAUGCUCAUCAUGCUUUUCUACGGGACGUUUGCCUUCGAGUUUGGGGGUAUGUCAGGAGACACCCUGAUGGUGCUCUCUAGAGGAGGGGGAGUACACAACUUUUCCACCUCUGACCACAAGAUGGAAGUUGUGACCAACCACCACCAGACAGAGAAUUUAACAAUCCUGUAGCUGGACUGUAAAAUGCUGCAGCCCCACUGGAAGUCAUAGGAUAGCACAGGGGCCGACAAGGAAGGCCCUGAAAUGAAGUUGAGAGCCUGGAAGCUGCAACCUGCUUUUGCACAGACGCCUGCCAUGGCAACAUAUCUGUUCUCCUCUGCAGUGACCAAAGAUUCAGACUUCUAUCCUGCUUGUAAAAGUUCAGGCUACAAAACAUUGCACAAGAUCACAAGUGCCUCCUUGAGCAGUAAUGAGCUACAUGUGCACAAGCACGCAGUCUUUGCUCUUUGUUUUAACUCUGUUUAUGUAACAGCAAAGCCUCCUUUCAUCCAGCUGAGCGUCCUGAACGUGCCUCCCAUGCCGCUCCAUGCAGAGAUGGGUUUGCCGUCGGCGUUUGGACACUCAGACACACAGCAUUGUAUUGUUUUUACUCAGGAAGUUUUCUUACAUCACCAGCUUUUAUUUCCUUCAGCAGAGGUGAAACUUUCCGGUACCUUCAGACAAUAGGUGGACAUCACAGCGUGCCAAGAAUAAUUUGUUUCAUCUUUUGAGAUUGUUUUCCACACAAAAGUACAACAGGAGUUUUUGUACUUAUAAAGAACAACUAGUCUAUCCUGUAUUUCUAGUUAUAAGCUUUUACCAUAGUAACUGGUUCGUAUUGUUUAUUUAAGGUCAGUUCUCGUG